ACCCCUCUUUGCACACUCCCCUCCUAUAGCCACAUGUGUACAUCUUGGUUGCUUUCUUGUCCCCUCUAUCAUACAAACAGUUCUGAGAAACCAAGUUGGGAGAAAGUGACUCUUCACUGAGUGGCAGACAGAAUUUUGAGCUUCAGCUGGGAUCCAGUAUAUUUACCAAGAGAAAUACAUCCUUUCAGCAUGGCUCGUGGGCUGGUCUUAAAUCAUGAACUUUCUAAACUUUUCAAUGAGCUGUGGGAUGCAGAUGUUAACCGCUUUGUGCCCGGGAAAGAUUAUACAAUAGACUUACAGGGAAAAGCGGGCUUUGUUCAGCAAGGUAGCAGUAUUGCAAGGGACAGUGCGGCUAAACCUCUGUUUCACUACAUAAAUUUGCAGGUGAGGUCUUCUGUGGAGUUGUUCUUCACUUUUGUGUCCCUAUUGGACAACUAUGAAACAUCAACUGGUGUAGAAGAAGUUGUGACCCCACAAGAAAUGGCAGAAAACAAUCGUUUUCUUGAUGCUAUCUUAGAAACAAAAGUCAUGAAACUUACUCAUCAAUAUUUAGUUACAAAAAAUUGGUCUAAACCCAGUCUUAAUGAUUUCAAGUCUCAGCUCUAUAACAUCUGGUUUCAACUGUACACCAGGAAAACAGGAAAGGGGCCUGAUUCCUGUGGGUUUGAACACGUGUUUGUCGGAGAAACAAAACAUGGAAAAGAGAUUCUGGGGUUGCAUAACUGGGUACAAUUUUACCUUCAGGAAAAGCAUAAACAAAUUGACUACAAAGGCUAUGUAGCCAGGAGUCAAAAAAGCAGGCCUGAUGAAGAUGAUCAAGUUCUGAGCCUGCAGUUCAGCUGGAAAGGUCUAGUAAAGCCCAUAGGAAGCACCUUUAUUGGUGUCAGCCCUGAGUUUGAGUUUGCCCUCUAUACAAUCAUUUUUCUUCAGUCUCAGGAAAAGAUCACUCGUGAGAUGGUGCGGAUAGAGGAGUAUGAGCUAGAGAUAACUGUGUAUCGGCAUGGUACACACAUUGGAACAGCAUAUCCUGCCCUCCUUAGCAGCAACAAUGAAGAUUUGUAUUGAAAAGGAUCAAUUUAAAAUGAGUUUCUUUGAAUUCAACUGUCUUGCAGAAUUUUAAGUGGCAUGUUUGGAAUAAUUAACUUUUGUUGUGUAUGAGGAUGUUUAACCUAAGAUGUGUCUUUUAAAGUGUCUGUGCAGGCUUUAAAAUUCUUUAUCACUGUAGCCAAGGAUGAAAGAAAUUGCACUGAAGUGCUUUCAUAAAGCAGAACUUUAACUUCCUGACCAGACAGCUGGUUUUUAAACUAGACCCUAUUAAAAUGGAAAUACAGGCAGUCCCCCGAGUUA